GCUAGACGGCAGGUUGGUGGACGAGCUACAGACGCGGAUCCCGGAGCCGGGAUCAGGGAGACGAGCGGACCGACCUCUGCCUUCUCACCCUCCUCUGGACUACCAUCCCCUGGACCGGGUUACCCACCGGCACAUAUACGCGCGGACAGACGGAGAGAGAGCUGGAGAAGCUGUCCACCAUGGCGGGGAGCAGGGAGGAGGAGAGGAGGAAGCUGGCCGACAUCAUCAACCACUGGAACGCCAACCGGCUCGACCUGUUCGAGAUCAGCCGGCCCACGGAGGACCUGGAGUUCCAUGGCGUGAUGCGGUUUUACUUCCAGGACCGGGUCGCCGGUAACUUCGCCACAAAGUGCAUCAGAGUCUCCAGUACAGCAACAACGCAGGACGUCAUAGAGACGUUAGCUGAGAAGUUCAGGCCAGACAUGAGGAUGCUCUCCUCGCCCAAAUAUUCCCUGUACGAGGUCCACGUCAGCGGCGAAGAGCGCCAACUGGAUCUGGACGAGAAGCCUCUUGUCGUGCAGCUGAACUGGAACAAAGAUGACAGAGAGGGACGCUUCGUCCUGAAGAAUGAGAACGACAUCCUGCCCAAGAAGACUCAGAGUAAUGGUCCAGAGAAGGAGAAAGAUGGAGUAAUACAGAACUUCAAGAGGACUUUGUCUAAAAAAGAGAAGAAAAAAGAGAAGAAGCGGGAGAAGGAGUUUGCUCGGAUCCCCGACGGAGACGAGCUGGCGCUCGGCCGCGAGGACGGGGAAAAUAGUCGUCUAGCAGCAGAGGUCUACAAGGACAUGCCGGAGACCAGCUUCACCAGGACCAUCUCAAACCCAGAGGUGGUGAUGAAGAGAAGACGCCAGCAGAAACUGGAGAAGCGGAUGCAGGAGUUCAUGAGUGGCGAUGGAAGGCCAGACUCUGGGGGCACUUUGAGGAUAUAUGCCGAUAGUUUGAAGCCAAACAUCCCCUAUAAAACCAUCCUGCUCUCCACGAGAGACACAGCUGACUGUGCUGUGGUGGAGGCACUGGAAAAGUACGGGCUGGAGAAGGAGAACCCCAGAGAGUACUGCAUUGCUCAGCAGGAUGACAAGUCAGGAAAGGAGGUGAUUCUGGAUGAUGCAGAUUGUCCACUGCAAAUCUUCAGAGACUGGCCAGCUGACAGGGGAGCUUUAGUGUUCCAGCUGAAAAAGAGACCUCCCGACUACCAGGGGAGGAAGGGAAAGAAGGUGGACCUCAGAGGGAAGGACGGCCCCCUGCCGCCUGAAAAACUGCCUUAUUUGGUGGAGCUGAGUCCAGGCCGAGGGAAUCACUAUGCCUACUACGCCUAUCGGCACCACGAAGACGGGUCGGACUCGCGGGACAAGCCAAAGUUGUACCGGCUUCAACACAGCAUCACUGAGGUGGGAUCGGACUGCACGGACGACGGAGCCAUCCAGCUGCUCGGUCCAGGGAUUCUACCCCACCACUGCAACCUCAUGCACAGCGAAGGCAUGGUGACUGUGACGCCACACGGGCCCGAUGCAGACACCUUUGUUGAUGGACAGCGUGUUACCGAGACAACGGUGCUGCGCUCCGGCUCCACCCUCCAGUUCGGCUCUGUGCACGUCUUUAAGUUUGUGGAUCCCAUGUUCGACCAGGGAAUGAAGAGAGAAGCAGCUGCCAUGAUCAGGAGCCGGAAUAAAUCUGGCAGCGUCCCAGAAACCACCUUCGACCUUCACGGAGACAUCCACAGUGGAGCUGCCCUGCCUACCAGUAAGAGCUCAGGGAAGUUGGAAAUGGAGCGAGGAAUGGUCAAACCCAUGAUCAGAGGAGAGCAGCAGGACAUCAGGUCUCAGGACAUUUCAGCAGACAGAACAGAGUUGACUCUUCCAGCCAGCAUUGAGUUCAGAGACAAUUCUGAAGACACCUUCCUCUCUGCCAUCAUCAACUACACCAACAGCUCCACGGUUCAUUUCAAGCUCUCGCCCACGUACGUGCUGUACAUGGCUUGCCGCUUCGUCCUGUCCCCCACGUACCGGCCUGACAUGUCGCCGUCGGAGAGGACACACAAAGUCAUAGCCAUCGUCAACAAGAUGGUGAGCAUGAUGGAAGGAGUGAUCCAGGAGAUUCCUGAAGGGGAUCAGAAGCAGAAGAACAUCGCUGGAGCGCUGGCUUUCUGGAUGGCCAACGCCUCCGAGCUGCUCAACUUCAUCAAGCAGGACCGAGACUUGAGUCGCGUCACACUGGACGCUCAGGACAUCCUCGCCCACCUCGUCCAGAUGGCUUUUAAGUACCUGGUUCACUGUCUACAGGCUGAUCUGAACAACUACAUGCCUGCUUUCCUGGACGAUCCGGAGGAGCAUAAUCCACAGAGACCCAAGAUAGAGGACGUCCUGCACACGCUGACGGGCGCCAUGUCACUGUUGCGGCGGUGUCGAGUCAACGCUGCGUUGACCAUCCAGCUGUUCUCGCAGCUCUUCCACUUCAUCAACAUGUGGUUGUUUAACAAGCUGGUGACGGAUUCGGAGUCGGGGCUGUGCUGCCACUACUGGGGGGCCAUCCUCCGGCAGCAGCUCAGUCACAUCGAGGCCUGGGCCGAGAAGCAGGGCCUGGAGCUGGCCGCCGACUGCCACCUCAGUCGAAUCGUGCAGGCAACCACCCUGCUGACCAUGGACAAGUACUCCAUGCAGGACGUGCAGAACAUACACAACACCUGCUUCAAGCUGAACUCCCUGCAGCUGCACGCCCUCAUGACCAACUACCACUGUGCCCCGGAUGAGCCGUACAUCCCGCCUGAGUUGAUAGACCACGUGGUAGCGGUGGCAGAAAACACGGCCGAUGAGCUGGCGAGGAGUGAUGGCAGAGAGGUGCAGCUGGAGGAAGACCCAGACCUCCAGCUGCCCUUCCUCCUCCCCGAGGACGGCUACUCCUGUGAUGUGGUGCGCAACCUCCCCAAUGGUCUGCAGGACUUCCUGGACCCGCUGCUGCAGAGAGGAUUCUGUCGGUUAACGCCACAUCCACGCUCCCCUGGUACCUGGACCGUCCACUUCGAAGGAUCAGACUGUGAUAACCCCUUCUCUGCAUCCGACCACUCUGACUUGCCAAUGAGGAAAGAACCGGAGGUCGUCACAGUCACCCUGAAGAAGCACAACGGCAUGGGCCUCAGCAUUGUGGCUGCCAAGGGUGCUGGUCAGGAGAAGCUGGGCAUCUACAUCAAGUCUGUGGUUAAAGGCGGAGCAGCUGAUAAUGACGGCCGUUUGGCAGCAGGUGACCAGUUGUUGAGCGUGGAUGGCCGCAGCCUGGUGGGCCUUUCACAAGAGAGGGCGGCAGAGCUGAUGACGAGGACGGGCUCAGUCGUUACUCUGGAGGUCGCCAAGCAGGGAGCGAUUUACCACGGACUGGCGACGCUCCUCAACCAGCCGAGCCCCAUGAUGCCCAGAGCGACGGACCGAGGCCGGGACAAGAACGGGAAAAUGCGACCAAAGAGCGAAGGCUUCGAGUUGUACAACAACUCUGUGCAGAACGGUGCACCCGAGAGCCCGCAGCCAGGCUGGGACUCGUACCCCGAACCAAAGAAGAUGAGUGGCGAAGAGCGACUUCUCAAGAACCGGGCCGACCACCGCUCCAGCCCCAACGUAGCCAAUCAAGGCCAGAGUCCUGCCAGCAAAUCUAUGUACCCCGGAGGACCCGGCACCAAGAUCACCUCCGUCUCCACCGGCAACCUGUGUGCAGAUGACGAGCCUUCCCCUCCCCACCCGGAGGCCUACCCCAUCCCCACGCAGACCUACCCCAGGGAGUACUUCACCAUCCCGGCCUCCAAGAGCCAGGACCGAGUGCUGGGUCCGGGCCAGGGGCCCCCGCAGCACUGGCAGGGCAUGGAGGACAGAGAAGGCCUCCCCGUGGCCGACAACAUGCACAACAGCAUGCAGCGGAUUAAUCACUCCCAAGAGGAUCUGUACCCCCCACCAGGAGGCCUGAGGCCAGAUGAGCGCAUGCAGUCACACUACCCACAAGAAUACCAGCACCGAGAGCUGGACUACCAACACAGAGAGCAUGAGUACCAGCGAGGGCCUCCAGGAGUUGUGAGCGGACCGGACCACUGGGCCCCGCAGCCGCAGGUCUCGUCUUCGCUGGAGUCCUCCACCUCCAGCCAGGAGCACCUGAACUUCUCCACUUCCUCUUCCUCAUCAAACAAGACCCAGAACCAGAAGACCGGGCCGGGCCGGUGGAAGACUCCCAACACGCCUCACAUCGUGCCGCCGCAUCCGGCGCAGCCGCCGUCCCGCUCCGACCUGCCGCCUCCUCCUCCCCCGCCGCCCGCGCCCUACCCCGACACCUACGACCUCUAUGACCCCCAGCCCGACCUGCCGCUACCUCCGCCUCCUAACGCCGCCGCCUCGGCUACAGCCCAGCAGGCUGCUGACCGCAAGAAGAGAGAGGAGCAGCAGCGGUGGUAUGAGAAGGAGAAAGCCCGGCUGGACGAGGAGAGGGAGAGGAAGAGGAGGGAGCAGGAGAGGAAGUUGGGCCAGAUCCGCGCCAACCCUGUCAUGCCCGUCCAACCCCAGAACAACGGAGGAGUGAUGCCUCCUCCUCACCACCAGCCCCCUCUGACCCCGAUGGCCCCGCCACAACCCUACCACCCCCCACUGCCGCAGCCGCCCAUGUCCAGGCCAGAGAAGCUGGCCAGCCUGCCGCGCUCAGCAGUGCCCCCCCCUGCCAGUGCCUCCAACCCACCCGGCAUGGACACGGUGAUCAGGGACCUGCUUCCGCAGCAGCAGCCGCGGACCAUCGAGAGGCGGGACCUUCAGUACAUCACCAUCAGCAAGGAGGAGCUCACGUCCAGCGACAGCUUGUCUCCAGACCCCUGGAAGAGAGACGCCCGCGAGAAAGCUGAGAAGCAGCAGCAGCUUCACAUCGUUGAUCUGUUGGACAAAGAGAUCCAGGACCUCCAGGCCAAGCCGGAGAGAACAGCGGAGGACAAUGAUCGGCUCAGGAAGCUGAUGCUGGAGUGGCAGUUCCAGAAAAGACUACAGGAGUCCAAACACAGUGAUGAAGACGAGGAGGAAGAGGAUGAUGAAGACGUGGACACGAUGAUGAUCAUGCAGAGGCUGGAGGCGGAGAAGAGAGCCAGGCAACAGACUGCUGUCCCAGCUAUCUCUGUGCUAGACUUGUUGCAGGACGAGGAGCGGCGGCGUAAGCAGCAGUUGGAGGAAAUUCGGAAGCGGGAGGCGGAGGAGCGAGCAAAGCAGGAAGAGGAGAGGAGGUGGAGGGAGGAGGAGCGAGCCAGGAGGGAGGCGGAGGAGAAGAGGAGACAGGAGGAGGAAUACUACACUCGCCUGGAGGCCGAGCGGCGGCGGCGGCAGCACGACGAGGCCGACAGAAAGCUGACGCCUGACGACCCGGCCGGUCUGUAUCGGCCCCCGCUGCCCCGGGAUUACCAACCCCCCGACCCCCCAAACCCUACUAACACCCCCCCACCCCCUCCACAGAGAAACACCUCCUACCUCAAAACCCAGGUCACUUCCCCCGACAUGCUCUACACCGCCAAGUUUGUCUCCUACACGGGCGAUGAAGACGAGGAGGAAAGCAAGGAAGCCUCCGUAUACGGCAGCGGCGACGGCGGCGGCGGCCAGUCAGGUCAGGUGAAGCUCUCGGCCACGCGGAAGUCGUACGGCGACCUCCCGGCCUCCGCCUCGGCCAAUUACAGCCGGCCUCAGCCGCCGCCCACUGCGCGCAAGCCCCGCCCUCUUUCUGACGGCAUCUUCCUGUCUGGCUCGUACCAACCGCCAGUCAACAACUCCAACAGUACAGGCCCGCCCCUCCCCGCCAAACCCAGCUCCAUCCCCCCGGGAGGCUCAAAAGGAAAUAGCUUGUACACUGGAAACUCGGCGGGAGUUGUAGGAUCAGGAGAGGUCUACAACGACCCCAGAGACAAAUGGACCAAGAGUCAAGAGCAGGAGAACACGAUCCCCAGCGGCAAUCCGGAGAGCCUGCCCUUCAGGGAGCGCCAGCGUCUCUUCUCUCAGGGGAAGGAGGUUUCCAACAAGGUCAAGGCUUCCCGCAAACUCAUGGAGCUGGAGAACGAGCUCAACACCAAGUAGACGAGCCCUCCGUCUCCCAGCGCCGCCUGAAAGCCGCCGCCGCCACGGCCGCCUUGGGGUGUUCCUGGGAAACGAACCCCCCGUGGAGAGAGCCGGCACUAGCCCUCCCAACACUGACUGUCUCCCUGUUUCUGUCCUCAGCCGCCUCCCCUCAUCUGUUUUUUUUUUUUUUAAUUUCUAUUUUUAACUCCUCACAUAACUUGAGCAUUCACUUUUUUUACGUAGCGACAUCUAUAGCUGAAACAUUUCCUCCCCUCGUUCAAAUCUGUCAGAGAUAUAUAAUGGUGAAGCACUGUACAAAGUUUUAAUUAUAUCUAGUGAGAAUUUGAGGAUCACACUACAAAAGGGGGAUAUAUUUUUCUUUGUGAAAUAGUUUGCGGGGGACGGGGGACGGAGAGAGGUUUAUUCUCAUUUUUAUUUUUUUUUAAAUAGCUUAAUGGAAAAAAUGAACAAUUUUAUGCUGUUAUUUGAUGCUUUGUUCUGCUUCAUGUUGUUUUCACACUUUUAAUUCCUUUUUGCCAGCAGAAGACAUCCAGACCAGUCUAUUUUUAUUUUACUGGGGUUUUUCUCCCAUUUCUUUAAUAUAUAUAUUAACUCAGUGAGUGGAAACACUGUUGUUUCAUUCUGUAGCAGGAAAGAAAGCAUGGUAUUUCUUUUUUUUUUUUUUCUUUUCUUUGGUAAUGUUUUAGAGGAACUGAAAGAUUCUCCAGUAGAGGAUUAUUCAGUCCAGAGACGGCUCUUUAAGUGCACAGCGUUACUGUAAAUACUCCGGUCCACAACUGUCUCACACUUUAACUACUGUAGAAACCUGCCAGGUAACUAAAAGAGAAGAAAACUGCAAAACUAAAGUGAUUUACAGCAUUUUGGUGACAAGAAACCCCAAUAACCCCACGCCUUCUUCCUAUCAGUGGAGUUCGAAAAUUUUAAGUGUUUUUCUCAGCCAACUUUAUUUUAUCUUCUUUUAAAGGAACAGUCUUUUUUUUUUGCGGAGUCGUGUGAAAUGAAUUUGAGCGAUUGUACCCUAAAUUCCAGCCAGAGAAAGGAACUCGCUCUGUGUGAUUGUUGGUUUUUCACGAUUAUUAUAAUAAUAAUAAAAGAAAUAACAACUAUUCUUCAAGUGCUUGUUUGCUUUACAUAUAUUUAUUUCAAACAUUGUGGGAAAAAAACCAUACUUCCACAUAUUUUAAUAUUGAAUAUGUACAUGCAGACUGUUAGAAGUGGAUGCCACUUUGGACCUCUUGUACGUGGUUAUUCAUCAGUAUUUUCUGCUUUUGAGACCGGGUUCUGCUUUAACAUCAGCUGUAGCUGCAGGGAUCCAGAUGUUUGGAACACCAGACUUGUGAAAGUACACACACGCACACACACAUGCACACACACCAUUUCCAGUCUCUGUGACCAAAAAGGAAAACACUUCAGUUAAGUUUGAGGCUCUCUUGGCUGCAGUUGGAGUGGCUUCAUCCUGUGUGUAAACUGAUCUUAUUUUUCUCUCCAGGAGGUCAAACAAAUUCUGUGUGGCGAGAAAAGAUGCUGUUAUAAAUAAUUGACCUGUUAGAAAAAUAAACAGACUCAUGCUCCUCCUUCACCCACAACUUCCUUUUAGGAUUCAAAAUGAACUGAAUCAUUUAAAUGGUUUCAUGUUUAGCCUUUUGUAAAUCAUUAAUAAAAACAAAUUUUUCA